CAACCCCAAUUGCCCAACACCCUUCGACGCCAUUGAUCACSGGACCCCUCCUGCCUCCCCUAUAUUGCAUUGCAUAGCACGUUAGAGUCGACACUGGCGGCACCAAUGAACGCGACAAUACAUUCGCAGCGAGCGAUUCUGGUGGUGGUUGUGGUGCUCUCGCUGCUCGCGGCGACAGCGGCAGCCGCGAACAGCGGCAUCCAGACCCACUUCGGGGGCGUCUCCUUUGCCGGCGGAAUGAGCUACGACGCCGAGCACCAAACCGUGUACGUCACGGGCCAGGUGGGCCCCCAUUCCUGCUUCGUGGGCGUCCUGAAGCGGGUCAAGGCUCCYKCGGAARGGGCCCAGACGAAAUCCGCCCCGGUGGAGCCGGCGACGGGCCUGAAAUUCCUGUCCAAGCAGACCUUUAGCGAGCGGGCGAUCUGCCAGACGAUCGCCUUUCGGAGGGACGUCUCCCGGCCCGGAAACGCCCUGCUGCUCAGCCUUUCGGAAGAGGGGGGCCUCCUGACCGACAAGCGCGAAGAGGGAAGCCGGAGGGCCAUGCACUACGGAGGCCUGGUGGCCCUGCAGUACAGCGCGGACGGGACCUCCAGCCACUAYGCCCCCGACCACUCCGUUCUGAUGUACCAAACGGCCCCCGUGACGGUGCCCCGGUCGAUCACGAACGACCCCAAGCACACGAACCGGGUCUUUGUGGCGUCCAUGACGUCCGACUCCAAGGCGAUCGAAUACCGGAACGCCCUCGGUACCCCCCACGAGAACGACGGCCUGGGACUCACCACGGUCCCCAACCUCACUCCCGGCGGGGGGCUGCUCAAGUACGGAAACAACUUCGCGAUGACCGUCGAGUCCAUCCGGCUGGCGACGGAGUUUUCGGACGCACAAAUCCAGUGGAGAAARCCCUUUGGCGUGAAACGGAACGGCAGCAGCGUGAGGCGAACCGGCGUCACGGUCAACCAGAUUCUUUCCCACCGGAUCGGGGGGGAGGGCGGCGGCGGCGACGACGACGACGACGACGAUCCCACCCAUGCACUCUACGUGGUCGGGUCGGUCAUCGGGUCCAGCCCCGCCUUUGGGGAGCCGGAGUCCGAGAAUCCCGAGGGAACGAACCGCAAGGCGGGCUUUGUCACGAAGCUCGAUCCCGACACGGGCGAUCUCCUUUCGUCGCGGAGGAUUCGUUUCGAAUCCAACGACGGGAGCGGCAAGGCCUCCGGGGAUUCCUUGGUGGAUACCUAUGUCGAGGCGGUGUGCGAGGGAGCCGGGGACGGCCAGGACGACGCGAUCUUUGUCGUGGGGAGCUAUGCCCGCCCCGUCCCUCAAGGCAAUCGAACGCGCUCGCUGCAAGCCGAAACCCAAACCGACGACGGCAUCGGCGAAGACGACGAUGACGACGACGAUGCUGUGGACGAUGAUGGCGUCGUGGGAGAGGACGAUGCUGUGGACGAUGAUGGCGUCGUGGGAGAGGACGAUGACGACGACGACGACGACGCCUUUUUUGACGAUGAUGAUGCCGCCACUGGAGAAGACGACGAUGACGACGACGACGACGAUGGCAACCUCUUGGAUGGCGGCAAAACCUUUGGCGUUUUAGACUUUGACGACGACGACAGAGCCAACGGCGACAACGUGUUUGACGACGACGACGACAUCGUUGAUGAUGACGACGACGAUGACGCCUAUUCCGACGGGGAGGCUUCCGACGAGGGGCCCACCAUCGCCACUCCCUUCGUAGCAAAGCUCCGGGCCUCCACCCUCGAAACGGUGUGGCAGCGGGACUUUGAGAGCACCACCGACUCGCGCGCACUGGGCUGCGGCUUCGAUGCAGACUCGAACACCGUCUACCUCGCCGGCCUCGUGGAAGACGGGGGAGAACUGGUGGGCCGAACGACCUCGCUGUUGGGCGACGACGUCUUUUUGAUGCGGCUCGAUGCCACCGACGGAGCGGUGGUGUGGGCAAAGCAACUGGGCACGUCGAUGGACGAUCGAUUGGCGUACGGGGGAAGCGGGCUGGCGGUCCUCGAGGGACAAAAAGGAGUCCUGCUCAUGGGAGACACCAAGGGCAACCUGUACUCCAUCCCGGMCAAGGAMUCGGAGAUCUUUGUCGUGGAGGUGGACGCCGACGGCAAUCUUCCGGAAAUCACCGAAACGUCGGGGAUYGACUACUCCUCCGAGGCCUCGGACCUCGAAAUCUCGAAUCCCGUCAACACGGAAGGCGCAGAGGUACAGACCGACGAAAAAGAGAGCGAAAMGGACAACGGCUCGGACGAGAGCACUCCCGAGGAUGCGAAUYCCAUCCGGACUUCGAUUCGAAUAGGCCACGUCGUGUACCUGUUCCUGACGAUCGGGCUCGUUACGGUGGGUUGCUCGGGAAUUUCGUACGUUCUCUCCAAAAAGAAGCGGGCUUCCACGGAGCGGGCCCUGGUCUUUAGCUACCUACAGAACUUUGACCUGGAGGACAUUGACGUGAAACAAGCCGCGACGGGAGGCUGGCACGGGACGUAUGUCGGAAACCUGGCUCAGGGACUCAACGUGCGGGAAGAAGACCAGCUGUACGGUGGCAGGGGCAGCGACGGGGACGCCGGUGCCGAGGACGGAACGGGGAACACCACCCUCGACAGCGAUUCCGUCAAACGCCAGCUAAACAAGCUGAGCCACUCGUCGGUGGUGAGGGACAUCUUGUUCAUGGACUACGACGAAUCGAUCUACAAAGACGGGGAUUCCAAGAACGGCACGAAAGCCGACAACGACGCCAAGAACCGAGACAAUCUCGUGAAGGAUCCGAUAUUGUACGAUUCGGAUCCAGGAMAAGGSGACGACGACGAAAAAGAAGACGACGAUCCGUGGGGAAGUGAAAUAAUAUGAUCGUAUUGUCCUCGACGAGAAAGUUAAUUGUAUAUCA